UGCUCGCUGAAGCGUCGUGCGUUGCUCAGAGUUCCCUCUAGUGUAUAGUAGGAAACUCUAUGAACCUGGCGACAUGAGGAGCGGUGGCAUGAGCAGGUCGUAAGUUUAUAGAGCAGGUCGUCGUCUGUAACCGCGAGGAACCGGUGCAUAUAUUCGAAUGGAGCUGCUCGGUGGAACAGCGUAGCUACCCCAGGCUUCCCGCUAGUAGUAUUCGCCCUGUGCGUCGGACGAACGGCGGCGGCAUGUCGGUGACUAUCAGUGGGAAGCAGUUAUCGCUGCUGCUUUUUGUUUCUUUUAUGCUGGGCGUCGGCGUCGGCUACAAGCUGAAAACACUGCGCGUUCAUUAUCUCAAGCAGCGUCGUGACUGGCUCGCCUCCCGGCUGGCCACGGCACAGCAGAAGCUUGACGGUGAACUCAGGCACUGACCACGAACCCCUGCAGAGAAUGUUCACAGGAUAAAACCCUGUCCGGCUCAACUGUCCACCAUAUGCUGGCCUGCUUGUGAAGCAUGCUUCCAGUCGUGGUCGUUCAUGGUGGGGCUGGCAAGGUCUCUGCAGCCAUUGUUGAGGAAAAGAUGGUGGCCCUGCGUGCUGCAGUGGAUGCAGGAUACUCACUGCUUCAGCGGGGAGGCACUUCACUUGAUGCUGUGGAAGCAGCUGUUCGAGUUAUGGAGGACCACCCGGCUUUCAAUGCUGGCUAUGGGUCCUCUUUGACCAUUGAGGGCAGCGUAGAGAUGGAUGCGCUCAUCAUGGAAGGCACGCUCAUGAAGGCUGGUGCUGUAGGUGCUGUGCGUACUGUGCGUAACCCAGUCAGCCUAGCACGCAAGGUUAUGGAGCAGACAGAGCAUGCACUGUUGGUGGGACCAUGGGCAGAUGACUUUGCUCGGGAAAUGGGCAUACCACGGGUUGACAAUGGCUCCUUGGUCUCUGAAAAGGCCAAGCAGAGGUUGGAGGAACUCCAGUGCUUCCACAGCACCGUGUACCAAUCCAUCAACGUUAACCAUAAGGAGCAUGACACUGUUGGUGCUGUGGCAGUCGAUACAGCCGGCCAUGUGGCAUGUGCCACAUCGACAGGCGGCCUGACGGGCCAACGUUGUGGGCGGGUGGGUGACAGCCCUAUUGUGGGCGCUGGUGGAUUUGCCGACGACUCGGUGUGUGCCGUCUCCACAACAGGCCAUGGUGAGGCCAUUGCAAGGUCCUGCCUGGCCUAUGAUAUGGCUGUGCGCUUACAAGCCGGUUCGUCUCCCACUGUGGCCAUGGAACAAGCGCUGAAACGGAUGAGACUGAAGACGCAGGGAGGCUGUGCAGGUGCCAUCUUGGUGACGCCCACGGGUACUGUAGUCACUGGAACCACCACCGAGCUCAUGCCCUGGGCUUGCCGAAACAAGCAGGGUUACCAGUGUGGAAGUGAACGAGACGAGCACCCACUGUAGCAGCUGCUUUCAAGCUGUCGCCAUAUGAAUGGCACCAGUGAUGCGAUUUUGUCAGUUUGUAAUAAACAUUGUUCUAUUGCAAAUGU